UUGAGCGGACCGGGACAGAAAAAAAAAUCUCUCUUUGUCUUGAGAGGGCUGUUGGGUGGUCGCGGACCUGGGCUGUGUGCGUUGGGAAAGGGAAGUGGAGGUGAGCCUCGGGCUUCUAGCCCAGUCGCUGGGACCGCCCCAGCUACAGCGCUCAGCCCCACCCCGACUGGGCCACCGCCCUGCACAGUCUCAGGGAUGAGCAGCCGCCCAAGCUGCAGGGCCUCGGGUCUUCGGCGCCUCUGACCCUCGCAGGUUGCUGCCUCUCGGUGCAGAACCGUAUGUAUGUCAUACAUUGGAUGUGAGACCCGAGAAACCGUGUUUUCACAGGCUUUUCUCUUUUCCUGGAUACGUUUAUUUCUGGGUCUCUGAAAGAAGAUGAAUUUGGCUGAGAUUUGUGAUAAUGCAAAGAAAGGAAGAGAAUAUGCCCUUCUUGGAAAUUACGAUUCAUCAAUGGUAUAUUACCAGGGGGUGAUACAGCAAAUUCAGAGACAUUGCCAGUCAGUCAGAGAUCCAGCUAUCAAAGGCAAAUGGCAACAGGUUCGGCAGGAAUUAUUGGAAGAAUAUGAACAAGUGAAAAGUAUUGUCAGCACUUUAGAAAGUUUUAAAAUCGACAAGCCUCCAGAUUUCCCUGUGUCCUGUCAAGAUGAACCAUUUAGAGAUCCUGCUGUUUGGCCACCCCCUGUUCCUGCAGAACACAGAGCUCCACCUCAGAUCAGGCGUCCUAAUCGAGAAGUAAGACCUCUGAGGAAAGAAAUGGCAGGAGUAGGAGCCCGGGGACCCGUAGGCCGAGCACAUCCUAUAUCAAAGAGUGAAAAGCCUUCUACAAGUAGGGACAAGGACUGUAGAGCAAGAGGGAGAGAUGACAAGGGAAGGAAGAAUAUGCAAGACGGUGCAAGUGAUGGUGAAAUGCCAAAAUUUGAUGGUGCUGGUUAUGAUAAGGACCUGGUGGAAGCCCUUGAAAGAGACAUUGUAUCCAGGAAUCCUAGCAUUCAUUGGGAUGACAUAGCAGAUCUGGAAGAAGCUAAGAAGUUGCUAAGGGAAGCUGUUGUUCUUCCAAUGUGGAUGCCUGACUUUUUCAAAGGGAUUAGAAGGCCAUGGAAGGGUGUACUGAUGGUUGGACCCCCAGGCACUGGUAAAACUAUGCUAGCUAAAGCUGUUGCCACUGAAUGUGGUACAACGUUCUUCAACGUUUCCUCUUCUACGCUGACAUCUAAAUAUAGAGGUGAAUCUGAGAAGUUAGUUCGUCUGUUGUUUGAGAUGGCUAGAUUUUAUGCCCCUACCACGAUCUUCAUUGAUGAGAUAGAUUCUAUCUGCAGUCGAAGAGGAACCUCUGAUGAACAUGAGGCAAGUCGCAGGGUCAAGUCUGAACUGCUCAUUCAGAUGGAUGGAGUUGGAGGAGCUUUAGAAAAUGAUGAUCCUUCCAGAAUGGUUAUGGUAUUGGCUGCUACGAAUUUCCCGUGGGACAUUGAUGAAGCUUUGCGAAGAAGGUUAGAAAAAAGGAUAUAUAUACCUCUCCCAACAGCAAAAGGAAGAGCCGAGCUUCUGAAGAUCAACCUUCGUGAGGUCGAAUUAGAUCCUGAUAUUCAACUGGAAGAUAUAGCCGAGAAGAUUGAGGGCUAUUCUGGUGCUGACAUCACUAAUGUUUGCAGGGAUGCCUCUUUAAUGGCAAUGAGACGGCGUAUCAAUGGCUUAGGUCCAGAAGAGAUCCGUGCGCUUUCUAAAGAGGAACUUCAGAUGCCUGUUACCAAAGGAGACUUUGAAUUGGCCCUAAAGAAAAUUGCUAAGUCUGUCUCUGCUGCAGACUUGGAGAAGUAUGAAAAAUGGAUGGUUGAAUUUGGAUCUGCUUGAAUUUCUGUCAACUCUUUAAUUUCUGGUAUUUUUGUUUAUAAAAUAUGAAGAAAUUCCUGCAAUUUUUAAAAAACAGAUUUGGAAUUUUUUUCAGUGGAGUGAUUUUCACCUAAAGGAAAAAAAGCAUCUAAAACUGUGAAGAAUACUAAAUGUAGUUGAGAAAUAAUUCAGGGCGAGAGUUUGCUAGUCUCCCUUCCCUCGCUUUGUGCUGGUAUUCCACGUAUUCCCGCAUUGAUAUUGCACACCCAAGCCAGUCUAUCAGGGAGGCUGAAGAGAGGGAGCAGUGUGCUAUUUUAGAAACUUGUUUACAGAAGAUUGAGAAAUACCCCUAUUUCUCAUUUGCAGUUGUUUUUCUUUGUUUUUCUUUUUGUUUUUUUCCACUUCUUUGCUCUGUCAACAUGAGGGACCUAUCUAUACAGGUUGACUUUUAACAUCAAAAUUGGAUUUGUGUCACACUCUGUGUUUAUUGUUAAGAGAAGAAUGACAGUAUAUUUUGGAGGAAAUAAUUUACUGAUUAAACCUUUAGAAUUUAUGACUUACUGUUAGGAGUCUGUCAUAUGGUUAGAAUUUUUACUUCCCCUCCCGCUGCCAUUUAUUCUACUAGCUACUUAAUAACGUCUGGAGCUUUAUUGAGGAAUAUUCUCACGCUCUGUGGUAUUUGAAUCAUUUUGCCAGGUCAUUUCUCUGUCUUUAGUAUUUUUUUGCUGGUGCUUCUUAUACUUAAUAUGGAAAGGUGGGAAGAAUAUUGCAUUAGAUGCAAUUCUUCAUUCUAGACUUCCAAGUGUGUUUUCACUUUUCUUGUGUGUGUGAAGGAGUCUCACUCUGUCACCCGGGUUGUGUAGUGCAGUGGCGUGAUCUUGGCUCACUGCAACCUCCGCCUCCUAGAUUCAAGCAAUUCUCCUGUCUCAGCCUCCCAAGUUGCUGGGAUUAUAGGUGCGCACCAGCAUGCCUGGCUGUGUUUUCACUUUUCUUUCAAUAUGUUCAAACAGAUGUAUAGCCAUUAUUUUUCUCAGCUCCAACAUUGUUUGAUUUUUGUUGAAUUUGAUUUUAGUAUUUGAGAUAAAUACUUUUGCGUUCUAAACAAGUCCAUUCUCUGUGGCUAACACAAAACAAAUGAAAUCUUUAUAGUAUUCCAGACAGCUAGUUUAACAAAACAGCAUUGUACAUAAUGAAUGAUGUUCAUAUGAAAAUUCUAAAAUUUGUCCUUGUCUAGGUUGAGAACUUUUACACACAGUAAGAUAAGGAUAGAAAUCUGACAUGCUCACUCAAUACAGCAGGAAUUACACCUUAGAAAGAAGCCAGAAAAAGUGAAUGGCAUAUAUCCAAUCACAAGUAAAUGAUCCUGGCGUUAGUUUUUUUGAUUACAUGUGUCUUAUUAGGCAAUUUAUGCUUUAAUGGUCAAGCUUUUAAAACUUUGUAUUUGAUAACAUCCUGAAUUAUCAGUUUUGAGUAGCACCUACUGGUUUAAAACUAAAAAUAAUACAGCUUUUUGGACACUUAAUCAAGAUACUAAGAAGGUUUUUUUUUUUUAAAAAGAGAUUGAUUAUUUUACCCUGCUAAAAACUAUAAAUGCCUUAUGUUCUUUUCAGAUAACUUAAGUCUGACUCUAAACUCCAGUAUUCAUCUGAUGCUGUAAAUUGCCGUUCUUUCUGAGACACAGAUUAUAAGAUGCCAGAUCAUAAGACAUCAUGAUUUUAUUGUAAUUGAAUUCUUCCUAAAAACUGAGAGAAGUUUCCUUUUAUUAACUUUUAAAAUAAAGAAAUAAGUAGUUUCAUUGAGA